AUGGCAGCGCAGGGUCCCUCGGGGGACCAGGGAAAGAGGAAUGGCAACGUUCAGCUCGAGCUGGCACAGAGCGAGGAGCAGCUGUCGCGCCUGGACAAGCUGGUGGCGAGCCUGAACGAGACGCAGACUGCCUUCAAACAUGACCGUCGGGGCCUGGCCCAGCUCUUUGCUGGGCUGCAGCAGUUCAUGGAGGAUGCGCUGGGGAUCAACUCCAUGUACAAGUCUCAGCCCAAGCUGCCUGCCAGCCUGUUCCAUGACACCUCGCCCUCCGGGCCCCUGCACACCAUCGCCAGCGUCUGCGCCGACGCCAUGCGCGUCCGAGGCAUGAAGCGUAUCGACUGGGCCUCCCCCGCCCUGCGCAAGGAGAACCUGGAGCUGGUGUCCCGGCUGAGGCAGGAGCUGCUGAGGGCGGGGCACCUGCGCCCGCCCCGCGUGUACGUACACCCUUCCUGCGCCUCCGAGACGCUGCGCCUGACGCACGCGGUGACGCGGUUGGGCGGCGAGGUGGCCCCCGUCGAGACGACGCCCGGGGUCACGCACGUCGUCUACCCCUUUGGCCCCAAGGGCGACCCGGACGACGGCCAGACCUACCUCCGGGCCCUGGAGAAACGGGGAGCCUUGGUGCGCGUGCACUGGUGGUACCUCCCCGACUCCUACGACGAGUGGCUGCCGGCCGCCGCCGCGCCGGAGGAGCUGGCGCCCGAGGCGGAGCCGGUGCCCCUGGCGCCCGGCGUGCUGCAGCAGACGGUGCUGCAGCCCAACCGCAAGGCCAUGUCCGGCGCGGGCGGGCUGGACGUGUCCCAGGGCCAGGCGCGGGCCGGCGCGGCGCCCGCGCAGCCCCAGCCGCCGCCGCCGCCGGGCACGCCGUCGGGUGGCGCACCCCAGGAGCUGCACCGCGUCCCCGCCUGCGCGGCCUGGUUCCGCUGGGGCGCGGUGCACGCGCUGGAGCGCGCCGAGUUCCCCGACCUGCUGGGCGCCGGCGCGCCGCCCGGCGCGGGCGAGGCCUACCUCGCGCACCGAGACGCCAUGGUGUCGCGAUACCGCGAGGACCCGUCCCGCGAGCUGUCCUUCACCGAGGCGCGGCGCUGGCUGGCGGGGGACGUGGGCACGCUGCGCCGCCUGCACGCCUUCCUGCAGUCGUGGGGCAUCAUCAAUGCGCACGCCCGCGUGCGUGCGCGCCGCGGCCGCGAACCCGCGCCGGGGCCGGACUCCGUGCUGCGCCUGGCGCCCCUGGUCGGGGCGGCAGAGGGCGUGGAGGCGGCGCUGACGGGGCCGGUGGCGGGGCGGGUCGCGCCCCUCGCCGGCCACGCCAAUGGCGCCCUGCAGCCUGCCAUCGCCACGGGGGCGCAGUACUAUUGCAAUGCCAUGCCCUGGGUCAACUGCACCAGCCUGCGGUACCACUGCACCAAGGUCCCGGACGUGGACCUGUGCCCACUGGCGUACGCAGCUGUCGAGCGCCACGGGGAGGACUGGGCCGCCAUCGCCGAGGCGGUGGGCACCAAGAACGCGAUGCAGUGCUGCACGCGCUUCCUCCAGAUGCCCAUCGAGGAGGCCAUCGUGGCGGAGGCGGUGGCCUCCGACGGCCGCCAGGGCUGGGUGACGAUCCCGGAGCCCGGCGAGGAGGACGGGGCGGACCCCGGCGCGGGCGCGCUGCUGCCCUUUGCCGACGCCGGCAACCCGGUCAUGGCUCAGGUGGCUUUCCUGGCCACCAUGGGCCCCAUGAAGGCGGAGGAGGGGUCAGAGACGCGGGACGGCAUGGGGUUGGGGGUUGGUGAAUCGUCGCCGGCACCAUCUGUGGCAGGGGACGCGCCGAUCUCCGCGCCGCGGCUGAGGGCGGCCGCGGCCACCGCACUGGCGGCCGCGGCGGCCAAGGCCAAGCUGCUGGCGGACGCGGAGGAGCGGGAGUUGCAGCGCCUGGUGCUGGCGGCGGUGGACACGCAGUACAAGAAGAUCAAGAUCAAGCUCCAGGCGAGAGAGGGGUUGUCGGAGGCAUGA